GCACCAAGCCUCAAAUUGACAUGUCAUGACAAGGCAGAAGGACCGGUUUGUCGAAAGCUACAGUAUUUUACUGGUUCAACGCUGCACCACAGAUAAUAUGAUGACGUUAUCUGGCGUAAAUGAGAGCUACAGCCUGAGCUAGCUAGCUAUAUGUACCUGCAAGUUCAGCGAACUAGCAGCUAGCUAACCGUAGCUAGUUAGCCUGCCAAGGAAAGCAAUGGCUUGAUUACAGCAUUUAGCUAGCAAACAACAGAUAUCUAGCUGCUAGUUAUUAGGUAUUAGGUGCUGAUUGCAAACGUGGAUUUCCAACAUGUGGUGCACAUAGCACGUAUUUCAACAUUUAUAUGACUUGUAUAAAUUUACAUUUCAUCUUUUGUCGAGCAAACCCCCAAAACACAGCGGGCCACAAAUGGAACCAGGGAGUUCGCGUGAAAGUCCAUCCGGCUCUGGGGGUCCCGAAGUGGUGGGCCUACGUGAGGAGACCCCCGGCGAAGAGGCUGAGGAUGGGGGCAACUGUAUCCUGAAAGGAGGAGGAGACGGAGGCAACGAAGACAGGAUGAAAGCAGAAUGUAAGGAUGAUGCUGUUACUGGGAAAAAGAUUGAGGAUACUGAUGAAGACAAAUUUGAAGAGGAAUUGGACCCUAGAAUUCAGGAGGAGCUUGAGCACCUAAAUCAGGCCAGUGAUGAGAUCAACAAGCUGGAACUGCAACUGGAUGAUGCUAGGUCCAGCUACAGGAGGAUCCUCACUGACUCAGCCAGGAAGCUCAAUGCUCAGGGCUCCCAGCUAGGCACCUGCAUUGAGAAGGCCAGGCCCUACUACGAAGCCCGCAGACUAACCAAAGAGGCCCAGCAGGAGACUCAGAAGGCAGCGUUGCGGUACGAGAGAGCCGUCUCCAUGCAUACGGCUGCCAGAGAGAUGGUGUACGUGGCAGAACAGGGGCUCCUGGCAGACAGGAACACUCUGGACCCCACCUGGCAGGAGAUGCUCAACCACGCCACCUCCAAGGUGAACGAGGCAGAGGAGGAGCGGCUGCGGAGCGAGAGGGAACACCAGCGGGUCACUCAGCUGUGCCAGGAGGCAGAGCAACGUGUCCAGACCCUCCAGAAAUCCCUGAAGAGGGUCAUCGUCAAGUCCAAACCUUACUUUGAGCUCAAGGCUCAGUUCAACCACAUACUAGAGGAGCACAAGGCGAAUGUGGUGCAGCUGGAAGAACGUGUCGCAAAGGUGAAGAUGCGCUACUCCGUCGCCCUGCGCAACCUGGAGCAAAUCAGCGAGCAAAUCCAUGCUCAGAGGGGGCGUGUCCGAGCCACUAGGGCCCACCUCGUAGCCUGCGGUGGGCGGAGCUCCCCAGUGGGGGCGGAGGCUGAGGUCAAAGCUGCGGUCGGGGUUCAGGUUGGAGGAGCAUGUGGCGGAGGAGGAGGCUUGGAUGAGAAGGACUGGGCUGAUCGAGAGAAGACCAGGCAGUGGGUGGAGAGACACAGAGAGCAGGGCUGGGGUCACAGGGAGAGGGGGGAGGCAGGGUCAGACUCCAUGUCUGACAUGAGCCUCCAGACCAUCGCUUCGGAUCUGGAGAAGUGUGACUCGGUGGGGCACCUGGGGGAUCUGAGUGACGUGAGCAGCCUGAUGGGAGAGGACUGGGAGAGGGAGAGGGACCAGUCCUUUAUGGCUGAGAACAGAGACCGAGACGGGAACCCCAGGGCAGAGGAGAGAGUUGUGAGGGACAUGAGCAGCCUGAUGGGAAAGGAGAGGGAGAGGGACCAGUCCUUUAUGGCUGAGAACAGAGACCGAGACGGGAACCCCAGGGCAGAGGAGAGAGUUGUGAGGGACGUGAGCAGCCUGAUGGGAAAGGAGAGGGAGAGGGACCAGUCCUUUAUGGCUGAGAACAGAGACCGAGACGGGAACCCCAGGGCAGAGGAGAGAGUUGUGAGGGACGUGAGCAGCCUGAUGGGAAAGGAGAGGGAGAGGGAGAGGGACCAGUCCUUUAUGGCUGAGAACAGAGACCGAGACGGGAACCCCAGGGCAGAGGAGAGAGUUGUGAGGGACGUGAGCAGCCUGAUGGGAAAGGAGAGGGAGAGGGAGAGGGACCAGUCCUUUAUGGCUGAGAACAGAGACCGAGACGGGAACCCCAGGGCAGAGGAGAGAGUUGUGAGGGACGUGAGCAGCCUGAUGGGAAAGGAGAAGGAGAGGGAGAUGUCCUUGAUAGCUGAGAUCCGAGACGGGAACGCCAGGGCAGAGGAGAGAGUUCUGAGGGAUGUUGUCAUCCCCACUCCAAGGCAGGAUAGAUUGGAGGAGGUGAGGGGGGCGAUACGGAGAGAGAGACAGGAGAGCUUUGUCAAGCAGCACCACAGAAGUGUGAGUUUGUGAGUCCAGAAGAAUAGAAUGGGCUGGUGAGUGAUGAUGAUGAGUGAUCAAAUAAGGGAAUGAGAUCAGAAGGUCAACAUCAUAGACAUGGAGACUGUAGAAGCACCCUAUUCCCUAUAUAGUGCACUACAUUUGACCAGAGCCCCAGUAGGUAAUGGGGUGUCAUUUGGGACGCUGCCUGCAUCAUUGUGAAGCUGCCUGCAUCAUUGUGAAGCUGCCUGCAUCAUUGUGAAGCUGCCUGCAUCAUUGUGACGCCGCCUGCAUCAUUGUGACGCCGCCUGCAUCCUUGUGACGCCGCCUGCAUCCUUGUGACGCCGCCUGCAUCCUUGUGACGCCGCCUGCAUCAUUGUGACGUUGCCUGCAUCAUUGUGACGCCGCCUGCAUCAUUGUGACUCUGCAGAGGGGAGUAGGAGGAGGGUGGCUGGUGCAUCAUGAAUAACAAUGUGAGAAAGAGAGAAGAGGAAGUGAUUUUUAAACUAGGUCCCUGUGGGAAUUGUAGUUCUCUCACACUGAUCUGUCUAUUGUUCAACACAAGUAAAGAUAUCGGUGACCUGAGACUGCCAACGCAUGACAAAUCCACUGAGGCCAAGGCUCGUCUAAACACAAUGCUGAAUGUAGAUACAGAGACCACGUAACUUAGGCCAUACACUUACUCUACUGACCGUUUCACAUGCGGGAGAAAUGUACGCAGCAAAGCUUAUUUUAGGAAUGUUAUUUUUAUAUUGACUUUAGUCCCUGAAUUAAUACCUUUUUCCGUAUGGAUUGAAUUAGCACAUAAUAGUUUUUUGUUGUUGCUCGUCCUUGGCAUGAACACAAGGCGUUAAUGCAAGCGAUACUGCUCUCUCUCCCUCUUGAGUAGAAAUACAAACAGGAAUAUGAAUAUUGUAUUUUAAACACCUUCGGAUAAGAAGUUAAUUUAAACAAACAUUUGAUUUAGUUUGUAGACCAGUUGUAUUGUUUUUACCUCCCGGUAGAAUGUUCUGGAAAUGUUCCCAGCAGCUAGAGGACCAACGACUCCUCAGACACGAGACUAUAGAGAAUGUGUCCGGCACUCGCAUUGAUCUAACACUUCCACAGUGUUUCUCUCUCUGACCUUUUCACAAUCCCUGUUUUCUGUCAGGAAGAAAUGUCAGCUAGCCUGGGGUUGCGUCCAAUAUUACACCCUAUUCCAUAUGUAGUGAACUGCUUUUUACCAGGGCCAUUUGGGACCUUUCCAAGAUGUUACACUGCAUGGUGGGAAAUGGUUCUAAUUAGUUUUUAAAAAUUGUUUUAGAUUUGAAAUAGUUUGCCAGUGUUUUACCGUAGUUAACGCUGUUUAAACAUGAACUGGUAUUUUGGUAUUUUAUUAGGAUCCUCAUUAGCUGUUGCAAAAGCAGCCGCUACUCUUCCUGGAGGUUCCACACAAAACAUAACAUCAAUAGACAGUAGAACAGCUCAAGGACAGAACUACAUUUUUUAUUUUGUUUUUUUAAACAUUUUAUUUAACGAGGCAAGUCAGUUAAGAAGACAUUCUUAUUUCACAAUGACGGCCUAGGAACUGUGGGUUUAACUGCCUUGUUCAGGGGCAGAAAGAAAGAUUUUUACUUUGUCAGCUCGGGGAUUCGAUCUUGUAACCUUUCGGUUAACUAGUCCAACGCUUUAACCACUAGGGUACCUGCCGCCCCUACACUCUAACCACUAGGGUACCUGCCUCCCCUACACUCUAACCACUAGGGUACCUGCCUCCCCUACACUCUAACCACUAGGGUACCUGCCUCCCCUACACUCUAACCACUAGGGUACCUGCCUCCCCUACACUCUAACCACUAGGGUACCUGCCACCCCUACACUCUAACCACUAGGGUACCUGCCUCCCCUACACUCUAACCACUAGGGUACCUGCCUCCCCUACACUCUAACCACUAGGGUACCUGCCUCCCCUACACUCUAACCACUAGGGUACCUGCCACCCCUACACUCUAACCACUAGGGUACCUGCCGUCCCUACACUCUAACCACUAGGCUACCUGCCGCCCCUACACUCUAACCACUAGGGUACCUGCCACCCCUACACUCUAACCACUAGGCUACCUGCCGUCCCUACACUCUAACCACUAGGCUACCUGCCGCCCCUACACUCUAACCACUAGGCUACCUGCCGUCCCUACACUCUAACCACUAGGCUACCUGCCGUCCCUACACUCUAACCACUAGGGUACCUGCCGUCCCUACACUCUAACCACUAGGGUACCUGCCGUCCCUACACUCUAACCACUAGGGUACCUGCCGUCCCUACACUCUAACCACUAGGGUACCUGCCGUCCCUACACUCUAACCACUAGGCUACCUGCCGCCCCUACACUCUAACCACUAGGGUACCUGCCGCCCCUACACUCUAACCACUAGGCUACCUGCCGUCCCUACAC